GACGAACCUUUCAGUUUUUGUUCAACCGUUGCCAGAGCCAUUUGGUGCCAGUGAUUGUGCGUUGUAUUAGUGUGCAAAUUUUUAACAUACCACAACAGAUUGUGCCUUCUCUUCCAGUUACAAAUUUUAUUCGGAUCCGAAAGAAAUAUUAAAUUUUGGUUUUUGUUGCCCUUUUUUCGACUGUUCGCGGGCCGAAAAGUGAUGAUUUUCUAAUCAGAAAGGCGAAAAUUCGUUUACAAUUCGAUUUUUUGUUUUGUGUGUGCAAAUAGGAGUGGAACCAAUAUUCGAUCGUUUCUUUUGUUUAUAAACAAUAUUUCGUGGUUAUUAAUUUUCGAUUCUCUUCGGUAGAAAUUAUUCGAUUUAUGAUAUAUAUGUCCGUACAGUCUCAGAGUGCAUUUCACACUGCUUAACGUACUUUCAUCAAGUGAACGAAGAAAAAAAUCAAACUGUGGAAAAUUCCAUUGGCUCGUGAGCUUAGUGUUCUUUUUAUAAUCGAUUUUUCUGGAUAUUUUGUCGCUUUUUUUUCGUAUUGCAUAGACGUAUAUACGUUCUGUAACAUUUAGUGUUGUCGAUUUUUCGAUCGAUCGAUUUCUUUGUCUUGUCGCAUUGUCAAUUAAUCGUCGUCGGCGACAAUCAUCAGGUGUAAACGCCCUGGCAAGAAUCUUAAUCCAACUUUUCAUUCAUCGGAGCAACGAAACAAAACAAAAGCAAUACACAUAGUGCAGAAGACAGCCUAUCAGCUUCACUGAACGUUUUCCAGUAAUAAUUUUCAGUUUCGCUGAUAUCGUAAUAGUUUUACGUAACAAAUGUGCUAUCGCCGGUUUAAUAAUUAAGCAACAAAAAACACGGCGAAACAACCAUUUGCGGAACAUUUAACUUUAAAAUCGAAAUUGAAGUGAAUAAGAGACAAUUCAUAGAGACAGCGCAAUACGAACUCCAUUCAAAAUGUGCUUUGACGGAGGAUUCUGACAUGCCUUAUUAGGCGGAAAGUGAUUUUUAUUUUGUUUUCAUGAAUCCAUAGUGAAGAAGGACUGACGAAGCAGAAGAAGAGGAAAGAGAUUGCGAAAGAUUUUUUUUGGAACAUCCAAGCUAGUUAAACAGUGAAUUGUCUGUCGGAAAUAAGUAGUACAACCAAAAAAACAACCAAUAGCGAUAUAAGGUGGUGCAUUACCGAAAAUAAAACAAAAAGCUUGGUGACGCCGCGAGCACUAAAGCGCCGGUCAUUAAUGCAUACAAUCAGGAACAAUUGUAUUUAUGAAUUUGUAAAACUUUGUCUACGGUAUACGGCUAGAGAUCCGCGACUAAGAUCUGACGUAUGGUCUGAAAAUAGUCGUAAUAAUUGUGGUGAAUUAACGGGAGGUCACAUCAGAAGUAUUUUUAAAUCGAUUUUCUUGGCUAAUGCACAACGUAAACCAAUACAAACUGGAUCGCUCGGUUUGUGUGUUAUUGUAAGCCAAGAACAGCAGCAAGAACAACCACAACAACAACAACAACAAGAACAUCAGCGCCGAUUGAAGGACAUUGUUCAGAUUGAUCGUCUCUACAAUCAGAAGGAAUUGAGUUUUAAUUGAGCGGAAACUUAGCGAAAUGAUUUUUUGAUUAAAAAAAAUAUUUUUUUGUUUUCGUUUGAUUCAACAGAAAUUAUAAAAUUCAAUUCAAAAUCAUACACGGAGAGAAAAAGCAUCUAGGAUAUCCGCCGCACCUAAAAUAAAUAAAAUUUCGUGUGGUUGUUUUGGUUUGGUUUUCUUAAAUUAUAAUGCGGAUAUGAUGAUGAUGAUGAUGUGCAUACGUGUUUGAGAAAAGUAAAUUAGGAAGAAAAGUUCGAGAGUUUUUUUUUGUGUGUGUGGAUUGGCGCUAAUUUCAAUUUCCGUCCAUGAUCAUUGGCCUAGCGAAAAUAUUGUUAUCGGAAAAUACGAAAGCCGUAUUUACACUGAGUGCAUACAUUUAUGGCAAAUACUAUACAGCAAAGUGGUCAUCGGUAUUGUAACAGCCAGAAACCGGAAGAUCUUCCGGGUGAUAAGUAGGUCAAUUGGAGGAGUGGGUGCCGAUCGUAUAUCAUACUGAUUUUGGCGUCUCGUUGGAACACUGUAAACUGAAACGUUCAACGUAAUAGAAUCGACAAGACAAAGUAAAAAGGAAAUUUAACAAAUUGAAGAUGGAAGUCAGUGACAAAAGGAACGAUGAUGAUGACCCUCCCGUUAAUGUGACGUACCACAACAACAAUAACAACGACAAAAUGACAAUCAAAAACAAUCUCCUCUGUCCCAAUGAGGUCACCUUUUGCGAUCUGUCCGAUGGUGACAGUAGCAUUGGUAGUGUUUCCGGAACACACAAGCAACGGCGCCGUCGAAUCACUUCAACUGACACCGAUGUUGACUCGAUUAUGUCGUCUGUGCAACAUAAAAACAAACCGCCACCGAAAAUCCCGGAUGGUGGAUACGGUUGGGUGGUCGUCUUCGCAUCCGUUAUAGUGUCAUUGAUAGCGGAUGGAAUUUCAUUUUCGUUCGGCCUGUUGUACACCGAAUUUUUGAUUUAUUUCGGUGAAUCUUCGUCGAAGACAUCGUGGAUUGGAUCGAUAUUUUUGGCAGUGCCUCUGCUGUCCGGACCGAUAAUGUCGAAUUUGGUCGAUAAGUAUGGAUGCCGAAAGAUGACAAUCAUUGGCGGCGUUUUAUCCGGUAUUGGAUUCGUACUGGCCUCAAUCAGCACAUCGAUUGAAAUGCUUUACUGGACGUUCGGUUUUAUUGGUGGCCUUGGGCUUGGUAUUGGAUAUGUUACGGCCGUUGUUUCGAUUGCCUUUUGGUUUGAUAAGAAACGAACGUUUGCGACUGGAAUCGGCGCAUCCGGAACUGGUAUUGGAACGUUCCUGUAUGCCCCGUUUACUCAAUGGCUAAUCGAAACACUUGGAUGGCGUGGAGCGUGUUUAAUAUUAGCUGGGACGCUGUUCAAUAUUUGUGUUUGUGGUUCACUGAUGCGUGAUCCGGAUUGGAUGAUUGAAUCGAAUCGUUUGGAUAGCCGAUCACAGAGUAUGCAAACAUUCUCGAAUUCCAGCGUUUGUUUGGAUGAAAUAAAGAAAAUGUUGGACUCUGGCACUGCCAAAGAGACGGUGCUAGACACACUGGUUACUAAUUACAACACCGAAGCCAAUCAACAAAUUCCGGACCCCGAUGAGCAUUUGACGAAAAAGUAUCGAAGUGAGCUACUUCUUCCUACCUACUUGGGAGCUCCCGAUUUCGAUGCCAGCGGUGCUCCACAGUACGGCAGCCGUCGAUCACUUCGGAAAAAACCGGAGGAAUUGAUAACGUCGCGGAAUGACAUGUUGGCCGUUGCAAUACCAAUUCCACAGGUCAAUUCAACGAAACGCAAUCUGGCCAGCACCGAAACACUGAACGCUUCGGAGAAGAUUUCAUUCAAUGAAAAUGGACAUUUUGCUGAUCGAUUGAGUCUGAACAUGUCUGAGCCUGGCGAUCACGAAUUUGAUCAUCUCAAUAGUAACAUCAAUACCAGCCGGUUGUCGCUGCAGUUAGAAUCACCCGUCCACAAAACCGAUGACAUGCGUAACAGUUUUCGUGGCAAUUCUUUGGACAUUUUAUACGAAAAACCGACGGAAAAAUCGACUACCCAGUCGCAGCAACUGCAUGACAUCACCAUACCAAUUCCAUCGAAAAGAGACCAUUACAAAGCCAAUAAACGUGCCCAUCCGUUGCAGAAUGGAGAUUUGAAACGGAACACCCAUCUACGCUAUUCCAACUAUUUCCGAAACAUGCGAAUCCAUCGGAAUUCGAUUCAUUACCGAGGAGCUAUGCUCAACACACAUCGGUACAGGCUGAGAGCGUCGUCUUGUCCGAACAUUUAUCGGAAUUCAAUGACAACAUUAGCUUGUGAAGCGGAAGAGAAAUGGUACGACAGUUUCGUCGACAUCGUAAAAUCCAUUUUCGAUUUUUCUCUGUUUUUGGAUCCGAAAUUUGCAUACUUUAGCGUUUCAACCUUGCUGCUGUUUACUUGGUUCAUCGUUCCAUACUUUUAUCUGCCGGAAUAUAUGCUGAAGUAUGGCUACACGGAGGAGGAUGCGGCUAAUCUUAUAUCGGUGAUUGGUGUGUUCAAUACCAUUGGCAUGAUUUUCCUCGGCUGGACCGGCGAUCAACCGUGGUUAAACAUUCCAAAAACAUACGCCGUGUGUUUAGUCGUGUGUGGAGUUUCCGUCGGCCUGAUGCCAGUGUUCGUAGAGAAUUCUAUUCUCAUGAUCGCGCUGGCAAUUUUAUUCGGUAUCACGUUUGCGAGCUCAUUUUCGUUUACGCCGAUCAUUCUGGUCCGAUUGGUCAAUUUAGAUGAUUUUACGUGCGCCUAUGGACUGGUUCUGUUGGUACAAGGUGUUGGAAACUUGGUGGGUCCACCAAUAGCCGGCCUAUGUUUUGAAUUAAGUGGAAUAUGGGACUAUGCUUUCUAUGCUGGCGGAUUUUUCAUAUCACUAUCUGGAGUAUUUGUCUUCAUCACCGGCAUUCUGGAAGAUCGGGACGAAGAGAGCGACGAUAGUAUCGACGAUGAAAAUUUUAGCAGUGAUAAUGAAAAGUGAUUUUGUUUUAGUUAAUAUACACAAUCCAUUGGUUAGGUAGGAAAAGAUAGGCAAAAAGGAAAGAAAUUUUUUGUAGAGCAAAAAUGUUUAAUUAAAGGAAAAAUUUUACCUUUAGAUUGGACAUGGACAUUAAUUCAGAUAAAAAUUUAUAGAAAAUUUUCUGUAAAAUGUAGAACUCCGGCGGCCAAGUCAUUUUAAUUUUUACCUUUCAGAAAUGACAAGGAGAUACGAUCCUUGACUAAAAUAGUGAAUCUUUUGUUAAAACAGGUGAAUUAGAAAAUUUUGUAUCCAACGUCAAGCGAUACUUCAAAAAAAAGCAACAAAUUUAAUGAAUCUAUCGCGAUACGCCUGUUGUUUCUGAAAAGUUGUGGAAUUUGGUUUGAAUUUGGAUUUUAUUUUGAUGAACGGUGUCCGGUAAGUGAUUACAAUUCAUUAAUAAAAUAGACGCGUGAUUCGCAACACUAAUCACUUGUGGCACUGAGACCGUUCAAUAUUUUAGUGGUAACGUCUGUCAUCAUCCGACACAUUUUUUAUUUAUUCCAUUUUUGUCGAACAUCAGUUGUGUAGGGUGAGUGUACCGAUAUUGGGACAAGAAUGAGUCUCAGACACUUAUUCUUCUCUCAUUCAUAUAAAAAACAGUUUAUGGAUGGAAGAACAAUCGGUAUAGGAGGACUGAUUCCUGUCCGAAGAUUGGUACGCUUACCCCAAUCAUUUCAUUUAUUUUUACACGGUAAAACGAAACAUAUACUUCCACAACAAAGCGAUGGGAUAAGUAUAUGACGGUAAAACGGCGGUGAAAUUCAGCCAUUCAGGCCGGAACCGUCUCACUCAUCUCUUUGAAUCGUUUUCAAAAAAAAUUCUUUGUUCAUAGUCGUGGAUGUACAAUCUCUCGCAAUUAUAUAAUUAGGGUUUCAUGGGAUUUUCCUUCUAAUUUGAAGGGGGACAAUCCUACCACACAAAAUAGUGAAGUAAUUGAAUGUAAGACGAAAGGAACAAAGAAAUUAUUCGGUUUUUAGGUUGGAAACGUUUGUUGAGUAGAUUUUAGAUAAAACAAAUUUUGGGACGAAAUUUUUCUUUGAAAAUGUUUUUUUGGUUCCAAACAGAGACAGAGUUUUGCGAUUUAGUAGGAAGACGCGGGGCCUAUUAUUGGGAAUUUUAUUUAUGAAAAUUCGGAAAAGUUCCGAAUAAUUCUGAAAACGUUCCGCAAUCUUUUCGGAAUUUUUCCAAAUUUUCAAAAUUAAAGUUCCCAAUAAUACAACCUGUGGUAGUGUCAUAUGACGAAAAAGAUGUCCGAGAAUUCUGAGCGUCUUCCAAUUUAUUGGUGUCACCUUCAGAUACCUUACAUCAUUUUCGAUGGAAAUGAAAAUCGAAAUCUUCCCUCUCGCUCACAACUUUCUCUCCGUUUGCAGUUUAAUUUCAGUUUUUUGGAAUGGAAAACGACGAAAGAAAAAAAAAAACUAAAAAAUUUUGUCUGUGUACUACAGGGUUCUAUAGACGUAAUUGUAUCUUAGGCGAAGGAUUUUUCGUUUUUAGAUUAAUUUUUUUGUGCUAAUUUUUCUCUUAACUGUAAAAAGUGUACUUAUGACCCUUGUACUUAAUCUCUAGAUGGUAAAACUUUUAACGAUUUUCAACAUUUUACUAAUUUUGUUCAUUGAUUUAUAUACUAAAAAAAAACCACUGAAGUGUGUAUAAAUGCACAUUACGAUGUGCACGUCGAUACUUAAUAUUAAUUUAGGAAAUUAGAGAGAGGACACACAAUUAUUAUUACUAUGCAAAAUAUAUUUAAAAAGUUAAAACAAAAA